AUGGUAUGUGAUCAUAUAAACAAAAUCAGAUCAGAUAUUAAUAGUUAUCUAUCUAAUAAUAAUAAUAAUAAUAAUAAUAAUAAUAAUAAUAAUAAUAAUAAUAAUAAUAAUAAUACUGAUAUUAAUGAUAUAUAA